AUUCUAAUUAUAUGACCAGCCCCUGUAGAUGAUAUCCAUGAAAGACUGGAGUUAAGUUUAAGUUUACAGGACAAAAGGAUUGAUCACAAAUAACAGGUUGUGGCAGGCUGCCAUGUUUUCUAUAAUUUCAUACAAUUAAUGAAAUCUGUUAGCCAAAAUUGUUUUGUUACCUUUUCGUGUUUUCGUUACCAUUUUCUUCUUUUUUAAAUGAUACAUUUUAAAUGCUUAAUGGAAUAAUUAACCCAAAAAAGAAAAUUAGUUUAUUUUCUUCAACAUAAUAGAUUUGAAGAGAAGUGGCAUUAAAUCACUUGCUCACCAUUGAAUCAUCUGCAGUGAAUGGGUGCCGUCAGAAUGGGAGUUGAUUUAAAAAAAAAAAAAAUAACAAUAAUCCACACAACGGCAGUCCAUCCACCUCUGGUAAGACUUAUUCUCAAGACUUGUUGCUCAAACACGUCAUGUAUCUCUGAAUUAGAUAUAUUAUCAAUUUACUACUGAUGAAAGUUAAGCAUGUACAAAUUCAGGACAAAGUGUGAUGGAAAUACAUGACACAAUCACACAUUUCUUUGAAUGUACUUUUUUUUUUUUUUUUUAUCACAAGCCCUGUUGACAUUUCAAGAGCCACAUGUAUGCAGCCAUUGUGAAAUAUCAUCCAGCAUUUUCAGACUCUAAACCACAAUGUCUUCAAGUCUUUUAUGAAAGCUCAAUUAAAACUGCAAAGCAUUUACUUUGUGGUCAAAGCCAAGGCAGGGCUUGAAACAUUGCAUCUCUGGAAAAUUGUUUCCUUAGCACUGCAGUGGAGACAAAUACAUUCACAUAGUGAGAACAGCAAAAGUGAGUUACAAAAGAAAUAAGGAAAAAAGAUGACACCAGCCUACAUUCUGCUGUUCUUCUUUCAGUGCUGCUGUGUCUCAGGGCAGCUUGGAUAUGACUUCAGUCAUCUGGCUAACCUGGCACUGAAGGUUUCUGUCGAUGAAGUCAACAGGCAGUCCAGCAAUUUCAACCUGCACAAGCCAACAAGCAGUGUGGUCCGACAGAUCACACGGGGACGUGAUAAUACAUAUGAUAUCCUGCUUGAUUUCGGAAUAAAGGAGAUGGUCUGUCUGAAAAAUACUAGGAGACCAUUCUGGAGCAGUUGCCAUUUCAAACAGGGCCAGCUUGUGUCAAAGAAAUUGUGCUCCAGUCUUGUGCGUGUUGGCAGCAUUUCUGCAGCUCCUCUGGGCAUCAGUUGUCUGGCUGAUACAGCUGCUUUUGGCUCCAGCUCAGAGUCCAGCAGUGAAGAGGUCAUUAUUCAGCGGAGAGUAUGGCUUCCUCUGAGCUCUGUCUUCAGGAGUCAUUCUGUGUCAAGGAGAGUUUAACUCUUCCAGAUUACUACUGAUUUAAUAAAGUCUGAUUAAAACAGACAGACAGACCUCCAAGUGAUGUUUCAAUUAAAACAGUAACUUUACAUGAAAUUGUUUUGCUUUAAAAAGAUACAUUUUCAACCAAGAAAAUAAUCAAAUAAUUAUCUCCUAAUGUGGUAAACAAACAAGAAGUGUGUCUUAUAAAAUGAAAUGAUUAAAAUUAAAAGUGUGUGUAGUUAAUUGCUGCGGUAUAGAUUUAAUCGCUUGAGCAACAUUCAACCCAAGGCACAUUUUUUUACAGUUCCAUCAUAGUUUGAUCAGACAUAUAGAUUUUUUAAA